AUGAUUCCCACUGCUUUACCGCACAUGGCGCCGCCGUUACUCGAUUCCGUCCCAGCUCUCAAAGCUGAUCCAGAAAUCGCUAUUCCAAUCACUGUCCUUCCGACUCUGCCGUCCACCGCGCCAAAGGAAGACCCCGUCCCACAGGUCCCCGCUCCCGGGGGCACUGUCGUUAUCGUCCACGCCGAGAACCAGGGCCAUAUCGCACAGCUGGCCGCAGAGGUAUUGGGCAAACCAUGGACGACGGAGGUGCGCGCGCGCAAUGCAGUGCUGGGCAUUUUGGCGCAUGAUGUCGCGAGCUUGCCGGAGCGAUCGGCUCUGGUUGUGGUGAAUACGCACUGUGUGGGCGAUGGGACGGCACCAGACGAUGCAUUGACAGAGAGUUGUGAUUAUGAAUUUUUGUAUUCGCAGAGUCCGUUUUUGCGACGGGAUCUGUCGCGCUUUCUGUCUUUGAUUCUGGGUCAGACCAGGCCGCAUGAUGAUUUGGGGACGAAGACGAGGACGAAUUUCAUUUCGACGACUUUCCCUGAUGUGCGUGCUGCUUUGCCGAAUUUGGAUAUUUUGUCGGUUGGCUCGGAUGCUGUUGAAAUUCGUGUCGAUUUGCUCGUCGAGCCGGCUGAGGGUGUUGCGCCUGUUCCGAGCUUGAAGUAUGUUGGUCAGCAGUUGAUGCUUUUGAGGCAGCAUACUGAACUACCCAUUAUCUUUACUACGAGAUGUAUAAGGGAGAACGGGAAGUUCCCUGUUGAUGAUCCUAUGCUGUUCUAUAAGUACCUGCGACGGGCUAUUCAGUGGGGAGUUGAGUAUAUCGAUGUGGAAGUGUGGCUGCCGGAAGAAAUCAGACAGAAUCUAUUUGAGAAAAAGGGACACAGCAUGAUCCUCUCUGCCUUCCACGAUUUUUCCGGAACCUGGAAAUGGACAUCCGAAGAGGCGCAUCGCAUUUUCACCGAAAGUGCCAAAUACGCCGACAUUGUCAAGAUGAUCGCAAUGGUUCACACAAUCGAGGAGAAUUACGAGCUAGAAUACUUCCGCUCAACCAUCAAGAGUCGUGGCUCCGGUCCUCUCCUUUCAGCAGUCAACAUGGGCCAAAUGGGUCAGUUAUCUCGUGCCCUCAAUACCGUUUUCUCGCCUAUAACACACCCACUCCUCCCCAUGAUUGCUGCACCAGGUCAACUCAGCGCAGCCGAGAUCAAUGAAGCAAUGCAUAUAAUGGGCCAGCUUCCCAAACGUGACAUCUACGCAAUCGGCUCAUUCAGACCAACGCCACACUCGAUGUUCAUGGAAAAAUGCUUCAAUGAACUCGGCCUACCGCACAAUCUGACCUCAAUCGACCGCGGCCUCAAAGGCUCUAUCGAAUCCAUCCUCUCUCAGCCGCACUUCGGCGGCGCGUACGUGAAUCCCCCAAUCGCAGGCUCAACCUCCUAUAUACCAGCAGUGAGCGAAGCAGCGCGCGCAAUUGGUCUCGUCGACACCAUCGCAAUGGUGGGCGAUUCCAAAAGCGCAACACGCUUCAUCGGCGAAAACGCCGCUUGGAAGGGCAUCCGUGCCACUUUAACGCGCGAGUAUGUCCCGUCGGCCUAUAGUACUAGGGCGGCAAUUAUUCUCGCCGGCUCAGAGGCCGAUGCCUCCCCUGUCAUUUUCGCUCUGCGUUCUCUAGACGUCGGCACCAUCUACACAGUUGGCUUCAAAGCCUCCGGCCCCUUAUCCACAGGCCUGGAACCAUUCACUUCAAUCCAGUCCGUCAAGCUGGUCGAGCAGCCGUUCGUGAUUGUCUCGGCAUUGCCACCCGAGAAGUCUCUGCUCGUCCAACCAUUGCUGAGACAUUAUGGUGCAAACGGUCGCUCGUCACCGAAGUCCCGGGGAAAGGUUUAUCUUGACCUGGCUAGUGGGCCGCGGAAGGGUGAUCCCCUUGCUGUUGCUAGUCGGGCUGGGUGGACGGCAUACGGGGCUGAGGAUGUUAGUGCUUGGACGACGGUUGAGACGCUCAGGCUUCUGGUUGGCCAGAAUGUGCCUUUUGACUUUGUGCGUAUGGCGUCUGGGAGACCUUUGUUUUAG